UAGCGCAACAUGCCUGAGACAACCGUCAAAGCGCCCAAGAAGGGCUCCAAGAAAGCGGUCUCUAAGAGCGUCAGCAAGACCGGUAAGAAGAAGAGGAGAACCAGGAAGGAGAGCUACGCCAUCUACGUGUACAAGGUGCUGAAGCAGGUCCAUCCCGACACCGGUAUUUCCUCUAAGGCCAUGGGAAUCAUGAACUCCUUCGUCAGCGACAUCUUUGAGCGUAUCGCCGGUGAGGCCUCCCGUCUGGCUCACUACAACAAGCGCUCCACCAUCACCUCCAGGGAGAUUCAGACCGCGGUCCGCCUGCUGCUCCCUGGGGAGUUGGCCAAGCACGCCGUGUCUGAGGGAACCAAGGCCGUCACCAAGUACACCAGCUCCAAGUAAACUGACCUGAAGACUCCCAAUAC